GAGCUGUGCUCUUCUCUCCCCCUACAGCAUGGGAAUCAUUGUGCUGGAGCUGUACUGGAAACAUGCUCCGAAGACCUGUAAGAACUUUGCUGAGUUGGCUCGUCGAGGUUAUUACAAUGGCACCAAAUUCCACAGGAUCAUCAAAGACUUCAUGAUCCAGGGAGGUGACCCAACAGGGACAGGUCGAGGUGGCGCGUCUAUCUUCGGCAAGCAAUUUGAAGACGAACUUCAUCCAGACUUGAAAUUCACGGGGGCUGGAAUUCUCGCAAUGGCCAACGCGGGGCCAGACACCAAUGGCAGCCAGUUCUUUGUGACCCUGGCUCCAACUCAGUGGCUCGAUGGCAAGCACACCAUUUUUGGCCGGGUGUGCCAGGGCAUAGGAAUGGUGAAUCGAAUAGGAAUGGUGGAAACAAACUCUCAGGACCGCCCUGUGGACGAUGUGAAGAUCAUCAAGGCAUACCCUUCUGGGUAGACUUGCCACCUUCCUGGGCACACCCAGGUCUUUGGGUCCUCUGCAAUGGCCCCAGGGAACCAGCUUCCAGACCUAGACCUAGAAUAACAUACAACUGGAAACUUCAUUUGGGCCUUGCAAAUCAUGGAGCUAAGGAAGCCUGGGGUCUUGGGUGAGUUGGAGAUGGAAAAGUAUUUUAUAUUUUAACAGGAUGCUUCUUUUCUCUUUCUCCGGUGCUGAGGUUGACAGAGCAUUUGCAGAAAAGCCCAUACGUGUUCAGGCACAAGUUACAUCUGCUACAAAUGACCCAUGCUGCUCCUUCUUGUGUGUGUCUGCUCUGAUACACUUGGAAUAAACUGAAGUAGAAUCUCUGUCAGUGCAUGUACUGUGUCUAACCAGACUUCUUGCUGAGGAGAUUGAUAUUCUGGCCUACACUGCAGUCUUCAGUGGCUGACAGCCACAGAAUUCAAAACCAAGUAGUGUCUGUCAGCCUUUUUAACUCUGUGCGCACCGUUUCAGUCUCCUACGUUUGUUCUUCCAGGGAGUGUAUGCAUCUCUAUAUAUAUUUUCCCUCAAAACCAGAGCACCAACACUGCUGUUUUUCUUGACACUUAGACAUCCCACGCAAAGCCACAUUGAAUUUUUGCCAAAUGGAAAAUGCAUCCAACAAUCAAGUUCCCAAGAAGGUGUCAAGUGGGGGAUGAUGAUGUGUAAUAAUCAAGAAAAGAAUUUAUUAAAAGGAAGCAGAAGCACUGACCAUUUUUUUCCACAGGAAGGAAUAGAAAUCUGUAGUGAGGACAAGGACAGACUGAAUUCUCCUUAAAAAACAGCAUUCUGUUAACCAGUGUCGUAAAACAGUAUGUGUACUAGUGUUUCAUGAGAAACUAUUUGUUCUGUAAGCCUUCACCUGAAGUACAAUUAAAAAACAAACAAACAAACAUAUACCUAUUAAAAAA